AUGUGUAGGGGACUUUGUAUUGUUGUUGUUCAUAUUAUUAUUAUUAUUAUUAUUAUUAUUAUUAUUAUUAUUAUUAUUAUUUUCCUUUGUAGUUUCUGA